AUGGGGUUUACUUACCACGCUACCACUUAUUUUUCCAUGUUCUUCUCUUAUCCCACUACGGUCGAAGUUAAAGUGGAAAAUACAGGAAUUCUAGAAUUUCCGGCGGUGACUAUAUGCAAUAAUAACAAAUUUCUGAAGACUCUUUAUUGCCAAAAUUAUCCGUGUGAAACAGAGACGAUUAAUGUUGAGGAGAUAAUGUGGCAUUUGAACAAAAGUAUCAAAAUGAAAUUAGGACACAAGAAAGAUGAUUUAUUUCUUAAAUGCAAAUUAAAAGGAAGAAACGAAUUGGAAUCGGAUGAUUGCUUAAACUCCGAUGAAGAAUUAGAAUCGAGUACAUUGCCAUAUUUUUCUUACACUCGAAUUUAUAAACAGCCAUUUAACUUAUCAGGCACUCACCUCGAUUUACUUCUUCCCAAUUAUCCUCUUAAGAUCAAAUUUCUAACCGUAGAACGUGAAAUUGAGACUCAUCUCUUGCAUAGAGACAUUUUCUCAAUAAGAGUUCGUCACGGUAACUUCCAGUGGAUCGUAAAAAGAAGUUUCAACGAAAUCGAAAAAUUGCACAAUUCUCUACAGAAAUAUAGUUUGGGUAAUUGUGCAACGAGUAUGCCUAGUUUACAAGCCAGGAAGAGUUCGAUAAUUCGAUACGAAAACCCUGUAACCAGAAGGGAAAAGCUUCAACAAUAUAUGAGAGCCGUCUUGAUUGACCCUAACUUAAGAAACCAUAGAAAUACCAUGGAGUUUCUUCAAAUUACACCUUUGUCUUUCAUACAUAUAUUAGGACAUCAAGGUAAAGAAUGUUUAUCCCGUGUUAAUUGCAUUGGUUAUUCAGAAAACACCUUCUUACAACUAGGAAGCUACAUCACGGGCCAUUGCACAAGAUGGAGGACGUUCUGGAUAAUAGCCAGAGAGAACUUUAUUUCUUUGAUAAAUCCAUUUAAUGGUAAAAUAGAGUACGUUAUGCUAAUCGAUACAAAAUUCAAAGUGCAUUACGGAUUCCUUAGAACGGGAUUUCAUUCUCAUAUUGUCAUUAAGAAUUUGUCCAUGAGGUUAUCAAUAGAUUUAGAAAACAGGAGGACGUGUAAAGAAUGGAUUGGUUUCUUUCAAGAGAUUAAGGAUGGAUCUGCAAAAGACUUCAUAAAAAGAAACAAAUUCAAGUCAUAUGCACCGAUCCGAUAUUGUACCCAAAGCUGUUGGUUUGUGGAUGGUGCCAGUUACUUUGAUUGUGUAGCCAAUGCUCUAGAAUCUGCUACAGAAGACAUAUUUAUAGCUGGUUGGUGGGUCUCUCCAGAAUUCCAUCUUAAACGUCCCUCUGAUGAAUCAGAAUGGUGGAGACUUGAUAAUGUGUUGAAAAGGAAGGCUGAACAGGGGAUUAAAAUAUUUGUUCUCUUGUAUAAAGAAGUGGAGGGUACUUUAAGUAUUGGUAGCGCCUACAGUGAGACAGUUUUGAUGCAGUUGCACAGCAAUAUCAAGGUUCUUCGUCAUCCAACUCUUAGCGAUUUGAAUAUUUGGCUAUGGGCUCAUCACGAAAAGAUCAUCAUCAUUGAUCAAUUGUAUGCUUUUGUGGGAGGCUUGGAUAUUUGUUAUGGUAGAUGGGAUAACAGAGAACAUAAAUUAACAGAUUUUGGAACUGAUACAGCCUCACACAAGAAAGAUACGUCUUCUAAAUAUUUAGAUAGCGACAGUCACAAGACUCUGACCAAAGCUGUAGCAGAAUCCUUUCUUCCAGAAGAAAUAUCAAAUUCUGAAAUUUCAGAAAUUUUAGAUUACAGGAAGAAAUAUCAAAUAACAAGCAAAGAAUCACCAAAAUGGGAAAUUGGAGAAACGGAAAUUAAAUCCCAGAGAGUUAAACGAUUCGAAUUACCAUUUCAUAAGAAACCAAUUAAUAACAAAUGUCCCUUACAAGAUUUAAAAUCAAAGAAGCUUUGGUUAGGAAAACAAUACACUAAUUUUGUCUAUCAAGAUUUGCACAGAGUACAUAAACCAUUUGAAGAUCAGAUAGAUAGAAACAUAAUACCUCGAAUGCCUUGGCACGAUGUAUCGUGUCUUGUAACAGGAAGUGCUGCAAGAGAUGUCGCUAGACACUUCAUACAACGUUGGAAUAACAUUAAAUAUUAUAAAUUAAGAAAUAACGACGCAUAUCCAUGGCUUCUACCAAAAGCGUACGUAGAUUUAACCACAAUUAAGCCCUUUCCUCAAUGCCCUAAACUAUAUUCAGUUAAUUCUCAAGUCUGUCGUAGCGCAAGUUUAUGGUCGGCGGGUAUUAAUACCUGUGAAGAAUCCAUUCAAAAUGCUUACAUAUAUUGCAUAACGAAUGCGAAGUAUUAUAUUUACAUAGAAAACCAAUUUUUUAUCACUCAUCCACCCGGCGAUAAUUAUAUUUACAAUGGAAUCUGGGAAGCAAUAUACAACAGGAUACUUCAAGCUCUGUCUGAGAAUCAAACUUUUCGGAUAUACGUCAUGAUACCAUUGAUGCCAGCCUUUGAAGGAGACAUAAUAUCAGAGAAAUCUAUUAUCUUACGCUCCGUAACCGAUAAUUUAUAUUCAUCUAUCUGCAAGGGCCCUACCUCUUUGCUUCAGAGGUUAUGUGAAUUGGUACCGGAUCCAACGGAGUACAUCAAUUUCUUUUCACUUCGGAAUUACGGUUUCAUGAAUGGAAAAUAUGUUUCCGAAAUGGUAUACGUCCAUAGCAAACUACUAAUUGCCGACGAUAACACAGCAAUCAUUGGCUCGGCCAACAUUAACGACAGAAGCCUACUUGGUAGAAGAGACAGUGAAAUCGCCAUUGUCUUCAAUGAUUAUGAAACAGUUUCUUCAAUAAUGAACGGUGCCGAGUACAAAGCUGGAAGAUUUAAUAUUAAUUUAAGAAAAAGAAUCUUCUCCGAACACCUCGGACUACCAGAAAACGACCCGCUAUUGAAUGAUCCUAUAUCAGAUUUUUUCUACAAACAAGUAUGGUUAAAGACUGCUGUCACAAACACUGCUCUAUACGAAAAAGUGUUCCAGUGUGUUCCCACGAACGAAACUACUACUUACAAGGAACUAAUGGAAUACACAAAUCGACCAAGACUUGCUGUUACCGAUAUAAAACUAGCAGAAAUGUUAUUGCAGAAGAUAAAAGGAUACCUUAUUUUGUUCCCUUUAUACUUUUUAAGUAAAGAAAGUUUGAAACCUUCUGGGAGAUGGCAUCUUUAUUACAUUCCAGAUCAUGGUAAUUGUUUUACAUUUAAUGCCCAGUGGAAUUCGAUGGAAAAAGAGAUCAUCUACGCUUACGAUUCAGACAUGUGGAAUCCGCCAACAGAAUUAAUAUUGGAUAUCAAUGUGCAAUACGACGAAUAUCUGGAUGAAGAAAGGUCGGCAGCAGUCCUAGUCACAUUUCACACGCCAGAUUCUUAUCCGGAUCCCACUUCAGAAACGGUAACUGCCAGAGCUGGACAUCAAUAUAACUUUGGGAUGAGACAGACCACUACGAUACUGUUACCGUUACCGUACCAAACAAACUGUACCGACUACAGUAAUUUGCCUUGGGCC